AUGCCGCCUGCCCUGAGCGACGAAGAGGCGAGCGCCUCCUCCGGCGACGAGCGGAUUCCCGCAAAGAAGGAGAAGAAGCCCGCGAAGAAGCGGGUCGAGCCUGAGGACGAAGAGGACGACGAAGAGGAUGAAGAGGCCGAGGACGAGUACGUCGUCGAGAAGAUCGUGGGCCACCGCAUCCAGAAGGGCGAGAUCCUAUACGACGUGAAGUGGCAGGGGUAUGAGGACCCUACAGAGCGGACAUGGGAGCCAGAAAGUAAUCUCGGGGGCGCGCUCGACGUGCUUAACGAAUACCUCGAAGAAAUUGGCGGCCGCCCUGAAGUCAAGGACAAGAAGCGCAAGGGAAGGAAGUCGGUCGCAGCAUCCGAAUCCGCGGCCCCUUCGUCGGCGAAACGCAUGAAGAAGGAGAAGGAAUGGAGCCCGCCGCCAGGCUCCUGGGAGCACGAUGUGGACCACGUGGAUACAGUCGAGGAGCAGAGAGAUCCGACAACGGGCAAGCUGGUGCGGUAUGCUUACCUGGUCUGGAAAAACCAUAAGAAGACACAACAUCCGCUGCCUCAUGUCAACCAAAAGUGCCCACAGAAGAUGCUGGGGUACUACGAGACCCAUUUGGUGUUCUCGCACAAUGAGGACGCGAUGAACGGCGAGAACAUCACCAUGGGGGAAGCCAAUGAUGACUUUUAAUUUGACAAAAGCGAACGUCGCGCUACCUUCUGCAUUCCCCUUUUGUCCCUGUUCUGGUUUCCUCUUCGUUCGGUUCGGUACGUACUCCUCAGCAUGGCGUACGUGGCAGCUUUUCUGUGAUUGCCUGGAAAAGCGUCGAGCACUUAGGGUAGUUGGCAUGCAAAUCCUACAGGCAUGGAGUUUGCGUGGUGCAUCCUUGGAAAUACUCGUGUAUUCUAUUAUUUCGCUGCAUUCCACCCUUGACUUGAAUUCGUG